UGGUAUGAAGUGUGAAAAGCUCAGACCAGUCAGUGCACUUUAAACAGCCAACAGUGUAACAAGAUUCUUAGAGCAUUUUAUACCUAAAGUUUACAAAGACCAUGUGAAAACUCUGUUAAAGAAUGAGUUAAAGGAGGAUCAGAUAAAAUCCCAGCAGAAGAUCCAGGAGAAGCAGAAGAAGGUGCAGGAGCUGAAACAGACUGUGGACAUUAUUAAGACACGUUCACAAGCAGCAGUAGAUGACAGUGAGAGGAUCUUUACUGAGAGCUCAGGAGAAAGCUGAAGUGAGUCGAGCUGAACGACUCCUGAAUCAACUGGAGCAGGAGAUUGCUGAUCUUAAGAGGAGAGUCACUGAGCUGGAGCAGCUUUCACACACACACAAUGACAUCCACUUCCUCCAGAGUUUCCCGUCUCUCUGUGUUUCUCCUGGAUGUGACGACUCACUCAGCUUCACUGUCAAUCAACAUCUCUCAUUUGAUGGAGUGAGGAAAUCUCUCUCAGUUCUGAAAAAACGAGUCGAGGAAAUCUGUGAGGAAGAAUUCAACAAAAUCAGACCAGAAGCUGCAGCAGUUCAGAUGGUUUUACCUUCAGAACCAAAGAGCAGAGAAGAUUUUCUGCAGUAUUUCUGUUAUCUGACUCUGGACCCAAACACAGCACAUCCUGAACUCAUUCUGUCUGAGAAGAACAGAGUGGUGACAUGGAGUAAGACACAACAGCGAUACUCUGAUCAUCCAGAGAGAUUUGACUCCUGGCCUCAGGUGUUGUGUAAGGAGAGUGUGUGUGGACGCUGUUACUGGGAGGUGGAGAGGAGCGGUGAUGUGUUCAUAUCAGUGUCAUAUAAAGAGAUCAGCAGGAAAGGACGGGGUGAUGAGUGUGUGUUUGGAUACAACAGUCAGUCCUGGAGUCUGGAGUGUUCUUCUUCCUCUGUCUCUUUCUGGCACAACAGCAUUAAGACUGAGCUCCGAGGUCCAUCAUCCUCCAGAAUAGGAGUGUAUGUGGAUCACAGUGCAGGAACUCUGUCCUUCUACAGCGUCUCUGACACCAUGAGGCUCCUCCACAGAGUCCACACCACAUUCACUCAGCCUCUAUACGCUGGAGUCAGGAUGUGGAGGUAUAACUCAUCUGUGAGGUUUUGUGAUCCAAAAUAAAAUGUUAGUAAAAGUUUUCAGUAAAAUUCUAACUGAGGUGUGAGAUUUAAUUUGUCCCUGAGCUACACUGGUCAUUUUGUGUGCAGAAACUGGAACAGUAAUGAAUGCUGAAUGUAGGAUGUUUCUAGAAAUAAGAAAUACUUUCAAACAGACUAUUUAACUGUAUGCACUCUUAGGAUGGAUUUAUUAUACAUGAUA